GGAAGUUUGGGACAGAGGCCUCUGAGGAAGCCAGUGGGAGAGACAAGCCAGCAAAAGACAGCCAGCUAGCUCCGUCUGUCUUCUUACAACUAUCAGCAUCUGGGGAGCCAUGAGUCAAAUCAGAGAUUUACAGGGGGGAAAAGCUUUUGGGCAGCUGAAGGCCCAGCAGGAAGAGCAACUCGAAGAAAUCAACAAGCAAUUCCUGGACGAUCCUAAAUACAGCAGUGAUGAGGAUCUGCCCUCCAAACUGGAAGCCUUCAAGAAGAAAUACAUGGAGUUUGACCUGAAUGCAGACGGAGAAAUCGAUAUCAUGUCCUUGAAGCGAAUGCUGGAGAAACUUGGUGUCCCCAAGACCCAUCUGGAGCUAAAGAAAUUAAUCCAGGAGGUGUCCAGAGGCUCUGGGGAGACGUUCAGCUACCCUGACUUCCUCAGGAUGAUGUUGGGCAAGGGAUCUGCCAUCCUAAAAAUGAUCCUGAUGUAUGAGGAGAAAGCGAGAGAACAGGAGAAGCCAACAGGUCCCCCAGCCAAGAAAACUAUCUCUGAGUUGCCCUGAAUUGGGGGGUGAGGUGGGACUGAAGGGGCUUCUAAUGUCUCCAGUUGUGAGCCGGAAUCAAGCUGUAAAUUAAAUAAAUUACCCUCCUCCUCCA